CAAUUUAUUAACAAAAAUAAUGCUUCUGCUUAAGAAUCUAAAUUGUUUAAAAAAUAAAAAAGUUUGAUACUAACAACCUUACAAAUAAACUUUAGCAAAAUAAAUUUGUGGUAGAGUGACUCCUUAAACGUUUUGACUGUUCUGAUCGGUGCACAGAUCUGGCAUGUAGCUUAGCUUACUGGCUUGUUCAUUCUGGGCUUUUAUCUACUAUCGUAGUAUCUUCUAAAUUUGUACUGGGGACCCAAUCAGGAUUGUUUGUAUCCUUAAAUUCUGCUGGACUACCUAAAAGGUAUUGAAAGUUACCUACUUGUAGAAACAUAAACAACUUUUUUGAUAUACCGAGAUGAAGUGUUUUUGUAUUUUAAUAACAAAACAGUCAUAAAACUUACCAUUAACUUAAUGUUUCGAACAAAUUCGAGCAUUUUCAAUAACGUUACAGUCAAAUCUCACCUUUUGAGGCAUCUAAUUCACAUACUCUGUUGUUUUUUUGAUUGCUCGUUUAUACGAUCCCCUCGAUCCUUAAAUGCUGCUGGAAUCCUAAAAAACCUCACUCUAUCCCUUUCAGCUCUAUUGGAGCACCCAAAAACGCCACAAAACGAAGGCAUCUUCACAAAAUAAUACUUCAAAAAUUCUCGGUUUGUAUUGAAAAUAACAAAAUCAGGUUAUGUUUGGCUUGUGUCUGCCCCUCAGCUAAAAUGGCGGAUUGGUUAUGACGUCAACCUGGAAUGCCUAAUAAUAAUAUAACCUAUCUUUAAUGGUUUGUGGUAUCUUGGGUUGUUCUAAUAAAAUAAUAUCGUCCUCAUCCGUGAAACGAUUUGUCGAUCUUCUGAGGGAAUUUAGUGCUGAGUCCAUUUCGAAAACCAAAAACAUUUAACAACAAAAGCAAACCACAAAAAACAAGGGAAAUACGCAUGCGUUCCGUUUCCGCUAUGGCUUGGUCUUCCGUCUGUAAGCUUCCGGCACUUAUGGGUAACGAUAACGAUAAAUGACAGCUCAAAUGUCAAAAAUGUCAAAUAGCGGCUAUCGGAAUCGCUUAAAGACAACAACAACAAGAAAACUCUCUACUGUCGAUUGUCGCGAAACUCGCGACGCGACCCAGCCGCCAGCAGACCAGAAAGCCGGCUUCGCGCAUCGCGCAUGUCUUUUCGUCAGUUGAUCCUUUACCCUAUACCGUAUCGUAUACGAUGCGAUGUCCGAUCCGAUGUGGUUGGGACGAGACGGAGUCGGAAUCGCCACCGCCGUCAGUCGCGAGUCGUGAUCAUGGGGCAAAGGAAUAUCGUUCCGUGAAAAUCGAGCCAGUGUAGAAUGUAGAAUCAGUUUCAAGUUCCGCUACCCCGUAGUAAGUGGCGUGUUGGCGUGUUUCGUUGUGGUAACGGCGCCGCGACGGCGAGAAAUACUUUUGGCCCUGUGCACGGACUAGAAAAAAACUAGAUGAUGAUGACAAGAUGAACCUUAACGAUUCGGAGGACCAGCGAGCGCUAGAGUCUGAUUCCGGAAGAGACAAAAUGUACCGACGUAUGACGGUAUUAGCCGUAGAUCAAAAACUGCGGCCUCUGGUUAAUAUUGAUGCCGAAAACUACAUGUUGCGAGAAAUAAGCCGGCCGCCGGUCUCAGUAAUUCCUGCUGUAUAUCUUACAGACCUGGCGGCUUCUUCCUAUUCUAAUGACGGUGUCGGAGCCGGAGCUGUGGACACUAUCAACGGCCACUCGGACGUCUCUGAUUCUGACAGCGAAAGUUAUCCGGAACCCAAAAACCAAAUUAACCCCAAGUGUACCGCCGCGUAUAAUACCGACUUCUUUUGCGGCCUCAAUUUAGAGGCUAGUCUUUCUACAACUCCAAGUGCCAAUGGAUGCGCCCGUGUAAUUUCUUUUCAUCAAAUUUUAUGUUCUUGUGAUCCUUCAUGUUGCUGUAAAUGCGGUACUUCUUGUUCCACAGAUUGCCAUUCCUGCUUCCACAACUACUGUUCUCGAUUCUUCAGCAGUUACCAUUGUCAGAGGGACAACGAGACCUUGCCACCAGCCACACUUGAUUACGAUAAGCCAGUAUCAGAAUGGACCUCAUCGACUGUGGUAGAAUGGAUGGCUGCAGUAAACCUCUAUCCCUGCGCGGAUAUAUUUCGAUGCAAAGAUAUAAAAGGAUCAGAUCUCAUUACCUUAGAUCGGGACAAAUUGAAUGCAAUGGGAAUAAAAGAUCAAUUCCAUCAGAAAGCCAUAUUAAGUUGCAUAGAUGAACUCUUGAACAAAUCCGAAGGACAAAGACCUGACUUAACUGAUGCAGGCGAGGGUACCAGUACCAGCUCAUCCAAUGGAUACCCUCACAACCUAUUACAGCACAGCUUCAGUGCGUUGGAAAGAUGCGAGAAAUGUAACAAGUAUUUACGAGGACUUUUGCAUCAAGGAUUUAUUUGUCAAACUUGCGGAACAGUUGCACAUCGAACUUGUGUUGCCAACGGCUUACCAUCAUGUAGCCGAAGGCCUGCCUCAGACAAUGAAAAAACACAAUAUCUUCAUUUCAAUUCCUAUUUUGGUCAAGGCCUGUGUUUGCAGUUCAAUCCAUCCAAGGAAACCCCUGCACCUUUGCUACUGAUGAAAUGCGUUGCAGAGUUGGAAAGUCGAACGAGAAAAGAUGAAACUUUGGAGCUUUAUAACAUGUAUAGUGCCACUCCACCAGCAGACCAAGUGAACAAGUUGGUUAAAAUGAUUGACACCGAUAUAAACAAUCUGGAUUUAUCGCGAUUUAGUCCAAUUGCUAUCGCAGGUGUUAUCAAAAAAUAUCUUCGAGAACUACCUGAUACUAUCGUACCAGUACAAUGGUAUGAUAAAUUUUUGGAAGCCCAAAAAAAGAAAAGUGACGAAGAAUGUACAGCUGUCCUGAAGCAACUCAUAAAGGAACUUCCAGAACACCACAAGUCGUGCCUCUCUUUCGUUAUGGCACAUUUAUUGCGCAUAUGUCAAAUGGAGUUUGAUAGAGGAAACAAAAAUCCGCCGACUGUACUUAUUCAAGUUAUGUGCCACAUUAUUUUAAGGCCACCGUGGGAUCGAAUCAUACAAGUUGUUUACAAUACCCAAGCGCACAACAGAAUAAUCGAAGUACUUCUCUUGCACUGUGAUUGGGGCGUGAAAGUUCCCGAUUUUGCCUCAGCGCCUGCAAUUCCACCAAGAAAAAAGAUAAGUUUCAUAGAAAAAGAAAAAAGUAUGUCCUUACAAGAUGCUGAAUGGUACUGGCAAAAUAUUAACAGAGAAGAUGUUAAUGAAAUGUUAAAUGAUACUGUUGAUGGUACGUUUUUAGUCCGUGACGCGUCUAGCAAAGGUGGAGAAUAUACCUUAACUUUAAGAAAAGGUGGUGCCAAUAAGUUAAUUAAAAUUUGUCACAGAGACGGAAAAUACGGAUUUACCGAGCCAUAUAGUUACAACUCAGUAGUGGAACUGAUUAAUCAUUUUAAGACAGCCUCUCUUUCUCAGUACAAUGCAUCCCUUAAUAUUAAACUUAUGUAUCCUGUUAAUAGAAGUAGAGAAGAUGAUAAAGCAAAAAGCGAAAGAAUCGACAAAUUGGUAGCAAAAUUGGAACAAGUGCAAAAAAAUUUAGUAGAGAAGCAGACCGAUUGUGAGCAAGUGUCAAAGGAUUUUAACGAAACUUCACAAGAAAUUCAAACUCGGAAGCAUUCUCUUAAUGCUUUCAGAGAGUUAGUGAGAGUAUUUGAGGAACAAACAGCUAUCCAAGAGAAAUUCCAGAGUAAAGCCCAACUUCAUGAAAUUAAAAGUUUGGAGCUAAAUUCAGAAUUGUUAAAAGAAAGAUUAACCAUGAUGAAAGAGAGUUGUGAACAGCUAGAAAAAAAUUUGCAAAGUAAAGAAGAGUAUAGUAGGACGCGAGAGAGAAUAUUGACGUCUCUCAAGCCAGAAAUUCAUAGUUUGCGGAAAGAACGAGAGAAAUAUGUUCGAUGGCUUCAACAGCGUGGAUACCCACAGUCUAAAAUAAAUACAAUAAUAAAUAGACAUGGGGAAGAUGAUACAAUAGAAGAAAUAGAAACUGACAUAGAAACUAUGCCACACAAUGAUAAAAAUACCUGGCUCUUACCUGAUAGUUCUAGAGAAGAAGCUGAAAAAUUAUUGAGUGGAAAACCAGAUGGAACAUUUCUUAUUAGGAAGUCUACAAAUAAUCAUAACUACGUACUUGUAGUUGUAUGCAAGGGUGCGCCGAACCAUUGUAUAAUAAAUAAAACAAAUAAGGGAUAUGGGUUUACAGAACCGUAUAAUAUUUACAAUUCCCUUGUAGACUUGGUAUUACAUUAUGCCACCAAUUCAUUGGAAAUCCACAAUGAUGUACUGAAGACCGUACUAAAGUAUCCUGUUUUUGCGUGUGAGGAUGCAUUUUUUUAUUAAUUUGCAGUUUUUUUUUUUGUGAUACGAGCUGUGCUGACUAUCAAUUUUUUGUGAUCAAUUAAAUCUUUAAAAGUUUCUUGUAACAAAGGGAUACAAAUUUAUAUUUACACUGGAUACUAGUUAUUAUAUAUUAAAUCGCCAUGAUUUAAAUUGACUGUGAUAGUGUACUAAAGAAAACUCAAAAACUUUUUAAUGCAAAUGGGAGUGUUGUUUGAGGUGAGACUUAUUCAAACAAUUUAUGAAAUGGCAUAUUUUGUGAGGAGCCAUUUACCCAUGGACAAUUUUUUGAAAUGAUCUGUUAUUUGAUAAUUUUAGCUAUAAAAAAAAAACUUAAAUGCUUUAUACUAUUCUAGAUAAGAAUAAUGUGAUUGGUGUCUGUUUUUGUCAUAAUGAUAAUUCUGUUUUAACUUUGCAUGUUAGAUAUAUUUUUUUAUUUUCAAUUGCAUUAUGUAUUUUUGUAUUACUAAUUAAUUCGGUAUAUUGCAGUAUUACGAAUACAUUUAUUCCAAAAUUGUGGUAAUGCAGUCAGAAUGUACCAAAUAAUUAUACAUACAGUAGUCAAAAUAUUGAUUUCCUGAUACAUACUUUGAAUUGGAACCAUGCCAAAUACUGAUGUUUGUAAAUUCUGUGUUUGUCAAAAAUGUUAUUAUUUUUUGGUAUAUUCUGACAAUAUUAACAUAAUACAGUCAACCAUUUUUUGGUAUGACCUGAUUAUGUAUACACAUUAAGAAGUACUGUAACUAUAUUUUUUGAAGGACUUCAGAGCUUUGUCCUGCUUAAACUAUUCGGAUAUGCUUUUUUAUUUCAAUUGAUAUGAUUUUUUCUACUAUUUAUGUAUGCAUAUUGUUGUUCCAUUAUUCAAAUAUUGCUUUAAACAUAUAUUUUAUACUAUUGUUCUGGCUUUUCCUAUUAAUAUGGGGGCUUCAUCUAGAAUUUAUUUUUAUUUCUUUUACUAAUACAAUAAAAAAAUAUUUCAUUUUUUUUUUCAGUGAGAUAAGGAAGGGAACUUCUAGGUUAUAAGAAAACAAAAUUUUUUGUACAUAUUUCCAUGCAAGACAAAUUAGUUCCUUUGUCUGACAAAAAUUAAGAAACUUCAUGUGCAAUGUAGUUACAAUCUAAUAUAUCUAUAUCAUAAAAGUAGACAAUUAAGUUUUAAGUGUCAGGUAUCGCUUACUUAUUUCAUUUGGUUCUGUAUUCUAAAACGCAAUAAUCGAUGUACGCCCAUACUUUUGGAAAAAAAGUGAUAAAAAUGCUACCUGCAAAGCUGUACAGCUGAACCAAGGCGGAUUUUUUCUCAAUAGUAUUUAUACAUCUAUUUAUCUAUACUUUAUUUUUUCCCAAGAUAGACUUUGACAUUGAAAACUUUGAAACAUAAACAAUAACGCUUGACCCUGAUUGGUCGCAAAAUGAGGUGUUUAUGCAGGUUGACAUCAGUUUUACAAUAGCGGCCAAUAAGUGGCAUUAGCGGCAUUGUUUAUGUUUCAAAGUUGACAAUGUCAAAAUCUAUCUUGGAAAAAAUAAUGUAUAGUUACUUUAUAAUGAAUAAUUGACAUUUAGAUUUCAAUUGAAACUUAACAAAAUAAUUUCUCUUUACUCUUUGAAGUUUUACCUUUGUCGUUUAAUUUUUUUCUGUAAUUAAAAAUUUGCUUUCCAAAAUGCUGUACAGCUAAGUUCAUUAGGCAACUAAUUUCUUUGUCACUCAUAUCUAUUCUUAACUAAGUACAUACAUCGAACACUUGAAGUGAUACUGUUUCAUUUUCUAUACAUAUUUUUUAUUUGCCAUUGCCCCUUAUUUUCUCUAGUUAAUUGUAAGUAUACAUUCGGAAUUGCAUGAAUUGAAGUUACUUUUUUGUUAUUUUGUUAUAUACAUAUUUAUCUUUUAUUUUCCUUGCUCAUUUUAGGAAAAGAAACAAUUAUUGUUUCUAAUUUAAUAGAACAUACAACAUACCUAUUAUUUCAAAUAAAAUAAAAAAAUAAUAUAGAGUGCAUUUACUAGAUGUUGAAAAAGGGUUAAAGCAUGAAGAAAAGGUUAGAUUAAUUUUUAAAAAUUUAGAAAUAUCUUUUUAUUUGAAUAUUUUCUUAUUUAUUAUACCUUUUGAAAUGUGUUUUUGUAGGGAAUGGCCCAAUAGUAAUGCUAUGUUAAAAACUGCGUUCAUUUUUGGAAAUACACAAUUGAAGAAACUUGUAAUUGUAAUCUGAAUAUUUGACCAAGGACUCACUAUUGAGUUUAAUUUCACUUAGAAGGUCUUAGUAAAACUAAACGCAGUUUAUUCCGCUCCUCGGGAUUAUUUCCCGAGCAAGGCCUUCUUUAAUAGGUAGUUACUCGUUUUAUAGGAGUAAAAAGGUACUAAAAAAGAAAAUGUAUUUUAAAAAAAGAAAGAUUUAUUAGCUGUUUUUAUUGUGAUGGAUAUUUUCAUGUGUUUUCUAAUACGCAAAACUUCACUAUUGCCAUAUAUUUAAUCCCUGGAAAUACAAGGUAGAAAAUUAUAAGUUUUUCUUUUUUUGUUUUAGGGUGAAGCUUUUUUCAAAAAGUUUCACUGGAUUACAGAUUUCGGUUGUAGAUCUUAUUAUGCUUAAACUAUGUAACAACUAACUUCAAGUUCAACUGGUAUCAACUCAUUCAUGCUUUAACUUUUUAUUGCCGCUUUAAAUAUUGUUAGCUCUACCUAGAUUCCAUAAUAUAUAUUAUUGUUGUUAGCUACUUCAUUAAGGGUCAAUACUAUAAAUUGACUUCCAGCUUUUCAUCUUUGAAGGUAGGCUAGAUUUUUCUGAGGUCAUAACAGUAUCAUAAUGUUAUUGAUGGCACACAGAAUUGAAAAUUACACAAGAAAACGCAUAAAAACACUAAAAUCGAUACUACAUGACUUGAUCAGAACUCUCUGUGUAUUUCAUUUUAACACUAUAAUAUAUAGGAAUUGUUUACGGAUAUUUAAAUGUUUAUUGUUAUUGGUCUUAGAAACAUGAUUGAUUUUUUUUUUAAAUAUUAAAAAGGCAGAAAUAAAAAUGGUCAUUCCUACAAAAUAUUAAUUAUACUCCUAUCUUAGAUUUGAGCUAAUAUCGCAAAUCAUACACUAAAAGAAAGAAUUUGUUAAUCACAUCCUGUAAAAAAUAUUAUUCUCCAAAACAUUUUUCGCUAGCAGAAUUAUGGUGCAAGAGUAAGUUUAGCUCGGUUCCUUCCGAGAUAAGUGACAAAUCCAAUAUCAACAUUCUUGCAUGAAGGUGGAUACUAUCAUCUACAAAGGUUAUGUUAAAAAAUUUGUUUCCUGUGUAAUAUGGUGUAUGAUGUUUAGGUCAAGUCUAUAAUCUGGAUUUUUUAAUUUUUUUUUCUGAUUUAUUUCAAAAUGUUGAGAAAUAUUGUGUAAUAUUUUAACACAUGCAAAAUAUUUGUGAACACCUUGUACUUUAAGUCAACGGAAAACGUCCUCCGAUGUUGAUGUUCAGGGAUCAUCUGCCAAAAGUUUGCUCUUUUUUUUUUAAGGCUAGCCCCUGGCAGAUUUUGAUAGUGGUGGUUCCUGGAAAUAUCAAAAUUAAAACGAGAAAACCUAAUUCUGUAUGUGACAUUUGUGUAAAGGAUUAUUUUUAAGACGCAUUGUAAAAAUUAGAAUACUCGACCUGUAAUGAUAAUACUUGAUGUAAGGGAAUCAAUAAAUUGCUUCCCUAGGGGGCACCACUCAGUACAAGUAUUCAUUGUACUGUAUUUUAUGUUUGUCACAAUGUCCAUGUUUGACUGUGUCAUUACUAAUAAUAGAAUUACAGCAUUUUUACUAGGUGUUUGUGAAAUACAAAAUCUCUCAAAUUAGAAGUUUUUAUUUUACUAUUGAUCUCAAAAAAAAUAGUGCUCAUUCAAAAUCCUUGAGAAAUUUUGUAUUUUAGAAUUAUAGAUGUCCCUAGAAAAGUUGUUGUCUAGCUUUGUACAUACAGGCUUUCAGUGGCAAAUUACCGAGACUGCAUACCAUUUUCGUCGGUUUUUAGCAAUGUCAACCAACCAUUCUGGUUAAGCCAGAGACGGUAUCCAAUCUUAAUAACCAAAUAGGUAUCACAAAGAAUUACAUAAAUGUCACAUAUAGAUUUACCGUUGUUCUUGUAGAAUGGAGAUGAGACUAUAAAUUAUCCUAUUGAUUUUAAAAACAUUUAAUGUUCUUAUAUUUUGAUAUUUAUAAUAAUUUGACUAUUUUCAUUUCACAUAAAAUCCAUGAUUAAAAAAUUGAAUCAAUUA